GCCCAGAGAACGCAGCAUGGAGACGCACCGCUGGCUGCCCCUGGAGGCCAAUCCCGACGUCAUUAACCAGGCAGGGGAGAUCUGUGAGGUGUGGAUGAUGAUGGAGGAUACAUACAUCCCACUUGAAGUGCUCCUCUCCCUUUAUCUUAGCCAAGAAGGGAGGUUUACUUGCCAUUCAGCUGCUCUUUAUUCUAAUUGAAACAGAUUCAUUAAGUAGUGAGGAGUAACAAAAACCAGUUUCUCAAACAGUUAGGUAUACAUCCUGACUGGCAAUUUGUAGAUGUGUAUGGUAUGGAUCCAGAACUACUUAGCAUGGUGCCAAGACCCGUCUGUGCAGUGCUACUUCUCUUCCCAGUAACAGAAAAGUAUGAAACAUUCAGAACAGAAGAGGAAGAGAAAAUAAAAGCCCAGGGACAAAAUGUCAGAUCAUCAGUAUAUUUCAUGAAGCAAACCAUCAACAAUGCUUGUGGAACAAUUGGACUUAUUCAUGCUAUUGCAAACAACAGAGAUAAAAUGAACUUCGAAUCAGAUUCCACAUUGAAAAAAUUCCUGGAGGAUUCGUUACAUAUGAGUCCUGAAGAGAGGGCCAAAUAUUUAGAAACCUAUGAAGCUAUUCGUGUUACUCAUGAAUCCAGUGCCCAUGAAGGUCAGACUGAGGCACCAAGCAUUGAUGAAAAAGUAGAUCUUCACUUCAUUGCGUUAGUUAACGUAGACGGUCAUCUCUAUGAAUUAGAUGGGCGCAAACCUUUUCCAAUAAACCAUGGACAAACUAGUGAUGACACUUUUUUAGAGGAUGCAGUAGAAGUUUGCAAGAAGUUCAUGGAACGUGACCCAGAAGAAUUAAGAUUUAAUGCAAUUGCUCUGUCUGCAGCUUAAUUAUCCCAUUUGGAAAAGCUGCACCACUAAUAUAUUGUAACAAAAUAAAAAUAUUGCCAUAUAUUAUGAAAGACUUUUGAUACUUUCACUAAUAUGUUGAUGAAUUUGAGAUAUGUGGAUUAAAUCUUGAAUUAGUCUUUA